CAACAUGCUAAUUUUUUUUUUUUUUCAAGAAAAAAAAAAGAGCUGAGUAAUGCUGGAUCCUUCUCAUGUGGCUGAUGCAAACCUGGAGAAUUUGCAUCAUCAUUAAGCUGGAAUAAGUUGGUGUGACAGGCAGGAGCUUAAAUACCAGCCCCUGAGGAAGCUGAGCUGGUCUGUAAUCAUAGGGAGGUAACAGCAGCCGCGGCAGCAGAGGAAGUCCGAGGUGGUGGGGGAGCGAGAGCCCCAUGAACACACAGGUGUUUCUGAGGCGUCCUUAGAUAGCUGGGCGCGAGAAAAUAGACCUUUGAGUUCUUACCUGUGAACACAGUAGCACUGAGAGAGAUAAUCUGAGAGCAGAGAGGAAGAGGUUUGGUCAGUCACACCAAGAGACACCAAAGUUGAAAGUUGGGGGCUUUUAUUUUUAUUUUUUUUUUCCUCUGUUUCAUUUUUCCCACGUGUCACUACAAUGGUCAGAAAGCCUGUCGUGGCCACCAUCUCCAGUGGCGGUUACCUGCAGGGGAGUGUUAAUGGGAAGCUGCCCGCCUUGGGUGGCAAGGAGCCACCUGGGCAGGAGAAAGUGGUGCUGAAGAAGAAAAUCACUUUGCUGAGGGGUAUCUCCAUCAUCAUUGGCACCAUCAUCGGAGCAGGAAUCUUCAUCUCUCCCAAGGGCGUGCUCCAGAACACGGGCAGCGUGGGCAUGUCUCUGAUGAUCUGGACAGUCUGUGGGGUCCUGUCACUAUUUGGAGCCUUGUCCUAUGCUGAAUUGGGAACAAGUAUAAAGAAAUCUGGUGGUCAUUAUACAUACAUUCUGGAAGUCUUCGGCCCAUUGCCAGCUUUUGUACGAGUCUGGGUGGAACUGCUCAUAAUACGCCCGGCAGCCACUGCUGUGAUUUCUCUGGCAUUUGGACGCUACAUUCUGGAACCAUUUUUUAUUCAAUGUGAAAUUCCUGAACUUGCAAUCAAGCUCAUUACAGCUGUGGGCAUAAGUGAGUAUCAUAGGUAUAAAUAUGAAAAGGGAAAUAAAAAACAAAAGUGUUAUAGUUUUAGCUGCCCAUUGAUGGUCGUGAUAAGAGUCGUCUUUUCAUAUUUGAUUAUUAGUAGCACUUCUCGGAUUAGGUCUCCAAAUUGGAAAAUUUGUGUUUUGGAGGAGACGAUGGAAACCAUUCAAACAAAAAUUUUAGCACAAUUGUUCUAUCUCAACUUUGUUACUGAAGAAGUGGAAAAUCCUGAAAAAACCAUCCCCCUUGCCAUAUGUAUAUCCAUGGCCAUCGUCACCAUUGGCUAUGUGCUAACAAAUGUGGCCUACUUUACGACCAUUAGUGCCGAGGAGCUGUUGCUUUCAAACGCAGUGGCGGUGACCUUUUCUGAGCGGCUACUGGGAAAUUUCUCAUUAGCAGUUCCGAUCUUUGUUGCCCUCUCCUGCUUUGGCUCCAUGAAUGGUGGUGUGUUUGCUGUCUCCAGGUUAUUCUAUGUUGCGUCUCGAGAGGGUCACCUUCCAGAAAUCCUCUCCAUGAUUCAUGUCCGCAAGCACACUCCUCUGCCAGCUGUUAUUGUUUUGCACCCUUUGACGAUGAUAAUGCUCUUCUCUGGGGACCUCUACAGUCUUUUGAAUUUCCUCAGUUUUGCCAGGUGGCUUUUUAUUGGGCUGGCGGUUGCUGGACUGAUUUAUCUUCGAUACAAACGCCCAGAUAUGCAUCGUCCUUUCAAGGUGCCGCUGUUCAUCCCAGCUUUGUUUUCCUUCACGUGUCUCUUCAUGGUUGCCCUUUCCCUGUAUUCCGACCCAUUUAGUACAGGAAUUGGCUUCAUCAUUACUCUGACUGGGGUUCCUGCAUACUAUCUCUUUAUUAUAUGGGACAAGAAACCCAAGUGGUUUAGAAGAAUGUCAGACAGAAUAACCAGAACAUUACAAAUAAUACUGGAAGUUGUACCAGAAGAAGAUUGUCAUAAAUUAUGAAUUAAUGCAUUUGAAAUCUUGGCAAUCUAUGCAUGGCCUUGUUUCUGCCCAAAGGGCUGAAACAAAAUGUGGAUCUUCACUUCAUUUUAUGAAAAUCCAGAGGAUUGCAACUUUGGUGUGGACUAAAGGAAUCAGUUAUUGCUAUUCAUAUCUUUUAGUGUGUUCAAACUGGUUUCUAAGAAAUUUAGUUAUAACUCCAUGUAGUUACUGAAAGCAGAUAUGCUAUGCAAGUAUUCCAUGAGUUCACAUGAUUUUGGAAUUCCUGAUACCUACAGGAAGUUAGAGGAAAAAGACUACCGAAUGAACAAUUAACUUUAGUGGUCUUUAUAACAUAUCUUAUCAUGAACACCAAGAUGUUUUCUGUAUAUAUGGCUUUUAUAGAAACAAUUUUUAUAUACUGUAGAUGACUAUACUGUGAAAAGUGUUUUCUACUCUUCGGGGGGGGGAAAAGCAUACGUCAUCAUUAUGGACUGAAGAAAAAAAUUUAUUUUAUGUUGGCAUUGCAUUGCCUCCCCUUAGAUACCAACUUAGAUAUCACUCAUCUUUUAAUGCAUUAUACCCAGAGCAUUUUGAACAAAGGACAGAAGGGAUAUGCCUAAUUUUAAUGAAUACAUUAAAGAAGAGUUUCCAGGGGCUGUUACGAGAAAAAUCCAGGAAUUAUGUCUAAAAAUUCUUGAUAAUUGAUGAUGUUAAGAUUUUUUUUUUCACUCAUUAUCAGGAAGCUCCACGGCUAUGGGCCACUCUGUUUUCAUGGCAGCCCACUUGAUCAGGAAAGGAUGUAACAUCUUUCUUAGAGCAAAGCAAUAGUCAGUUUGGUAUUAAAGCCUCUUAAGCACAAUCAUUUGUUUCACUAAUAAUUUACCCCUUGAUAAUAUAGCUAAAUAUAUGCACUUUUAAAUCUUCAAAUUGCAAUGUCCAUAUAAGACAGAAAUCAACAAGAAAGAGAAUACCCAAAAUAUUAUGCCCAACCCUAUAAUCAUAUCUAUAUGCAGUGUUAGUAAUUAUGAACAAUUUUUUAAUCUCAUAGCUAUUUUUACAUGGUGAUAAAUUUUGACAGUUUAUACAUUUCCUUUAUAUAUUUUAUAUUCCGUUAAAAUAUCUCUUCAGAUGAAACUGUCCAGAUUAAUUAGGAAAAGGCAUAUAUUUACAUAAAAAUUGAGGAAGAAAUGUCACUGCUAAAUAAGAUUUACAACUGAUGUUUCUAAAAAUUUUCCACUUCUUUAUCUUAGUUUUGUCAGUAAUUUCCUCACCUUAAUUAUCAUUCAACUUGCAAAAGAGAUAACUGAUAACAAAUUCACUGAAAGAAGGAGAAAAUGUGUGUGUGUGUUCAGACAGGUGUUUUUAUACUAGGUUUAGAAAAUAUUGUGGAGUUUUUAUAGUGUAACAUAAUGAUGGAAUGUGUAAACUAUUAUUUACAUACAUCCAAGAUGAAAUAGUCAUACCAGAGUAUGUUUCAUCCUCUAAUUUUAAAAGUAACAAUUUUUGGAAGAACUGUACUGAUUAAAAUCAUUAAGAGCUGAUAGAGAGUUUAUAGGAAAUUGACCAAAGUAGAAAUGAUGGUUUAUAAUUUGAGGCAAUUCCAAUUCACCAAUUUCAGUUUUUGUUCUUGAUAACAUUUAAUACACAUCCAAGAUUGACAUUAUUUUCAGCCAAACCUGGUGUUUGGAUCUCUAAGUGAAUUUAUAAAAAUCCCUUCCUUUUUCUCUUUUCAUCUGGUUUUCAAAUUUGAUCUGUAGUCUCUGCUUCUUACAUUUGUCUAUAUCUCUUGCCACUCUAUUGUUGCUGAGGGAAAAAAAUAGAUUGUCUUUAUAUUCCUUUUUUUUUUUUUUUUUUUUUUUUACAGUCUAGGCCCAUGUAAUAUAAACCAGAAAACUCUUAUUUAGGGUUUUUGUGAGGUUUAUUUUUUGUUUGUUUGUUUGUCUUGUCUAAUGAAAAAAAUGGUAAAAUCUCAUGGAGAGGUUUACAUAGUUCUUUACAUAGUUCUUGAUUAUUUCUGAGAGCAAUGUGCUUGUAACUACAGCGGCAGAUAGGUCUCAUUUUAUUCCUUUAUUUUUUGUUUUAAUUUCUUUUUAAAUAUAACAUUGUAAAAGCUAACUAGGAUACGUUCUCAUUAUUUUUUAUAUCAUUUUCAAAAAGGAUUUUUGCAUUGCUAAAUUUCUGAUGCCACUGUAAUACCAUUUUAACCAGAGAGUCAGUAAUUUUUUUUUUUUAAGUAAUAAAGAUUAAGUUGUACUUCAGCUUGUUUUUAGGAUACAUCACAACAAGAUGCAGGAUUUCUAUAAUCGGGGAAUCAAUAUUCAUAAUUUCUAUUCAGAUGGUAUCACAUCAAGCCAAUUCUAUUUGAAAGCUCUCCCAUACACUAAUAUGUAUAUUUUUAUUUAUACUAAGUAAAAUUUUUUCUCAUAUAUUUAAAAUUAUAUAUAGAGAGAAUUAUAAAUAAACCAUUACGAUAUACUUGCACCAGUGUGGAUAUUCAAAUGUUUAUAUACAUAUUACGAGUUUAUUAUAACACAAAAAGUAAAAGUGGCCAAUACAGUUUAAGACAACUAAUAUACUAUUUUUGAAUGUACUACUUUUUGGGUAACUUGGAGUCUCAAAUAUUUAAUUGCAAAUUAAACAGAUUUAGCAAAGACUUCCAAAGCUAAAACAAUUAGAUUUAAAAAUGGACUGAUUCUCCUUAUGCAAUUAUGAAUAUUUCAGUAAAUAUUUUUGACCCAUUUUUAAAAAUGUUAGAUUAUUUUCCUGAGAUUUUUCUUUCAACAGUUGAGGAAAACCAGACUGUUAUGAAUGUUUAGGUCAGCUGGAAGUAGACCUUGUUCUUAUCUUUCUCCAGGAGAUUGAAGAUUUGUCCUAGAAAAGAUGGUGGACUCCAGUACCCAACAUAAAUGUUAGGCGUGUGCACCCACAAAUAUACAUACGUGCUUAUACUGUUUUCCCCCAUCUCUGCUGGCACAAAAGUAGGAUAGAUUAUUAGGUUACAUUAGCAAUGAAUAACAGUUUCUCUAACACUAAAACAUGUAUGUUGAAACAAAUUUCUGGAUUAUUUUACGUGUCUGGUAAAAUUGUUUCCCCAGUUGCUAUUUGAUAUAUUAACAGAUAGUUAACCUGAGUAUAAUUACUUAACUCAACAUAAUUUUUUAUGGACUGCAAUUAGUCUUCAGGAAACUCAUUAUUUUAUCUCUAUUUGUAGUUGAAUGUAAUGCUGUACAAGAAAGAAGUCAUCUUUGACCUAUAAUGGAUUUCUUAUAAUUGAGGUAUAGGUUAUGAAAAGAUAGAAUACUGAAGGUCAGAGUAGCAGGAAAUGAAAGAUAGCAUGUGACUGGAAGUAAUGAUAUUUUGAUGUAACUUAUUAUGCAGCAUAGUCAAAGAAAUAUUAAAAAUUAAUUGUCUGUUGUGCAUAAGUGGAUAUCCUAAGUAGCUAAUGGAAUGUAGCUUCAGUGCCCCUCACUUAGACAUGCCCCUUCCAAGGUCCUGUAGCUACUGUUGCAUUAGGAAAUUUGUAUUAAUUUUCUUGAAGAAGAUCAGAAAAAUUGUAUACAUUUCUGGCUUUACAAAAUCUGCAACUGUCCCUGUGAGUAUGGUAAAAUAACUUCCAUUACUUUUUCUAGUAAAAAUAAAUACAGGCCAGUUACAGAAUAUAUUUUUAAAUAAUACAGUUUUGAGUUAAUUGAAGUAUCUAUAUAUAAUUAUAACUGACUUUCUCAUAAUAUAUAUUUUGCGAUGUAUAAGGAGAGAGUUCAUUUUUGACAUAUUUUAUGAUUCAGUUCUGAAUGAUAGAAAAACAAAAAAUAGGGUUUUAAUUGUAAUUCUUUUUCUUAGGAAAGAAAUAGAGUGAGAUUUGGGAUUUGAAGGCAGAUGAGUAAAAGACUGAUUUUACUUAAAUGUAAUCUUGCUUCAUUUUACCCAACAUUGUGUAUGUUGGUGCUGAUAAUGUUUACAGAGUCACAUUUUACUUUGUUAACAAUUCAAAGUCAGGUAUUAAGCAUGGCAUUUGUGUAACUGGCAAGAAACUUGUGGUGGAUAUAAAUUAGAGUAGAUAAUGAGACAUCUUGACAGCUUCUGUUUACGUAAUUUAUAUGUAAGGUAAAAAGUUAUUACCUGUAAGUGUAUUUUAGGUUAAUUUUCUCAUAAACAGUAUUUUAAAUGUAUCUCAAUAUAUAUAAUACCUAAAAGUGUAACUUCUGGGUGGUUUUAAUACUGUUCUUAAAAAUUUACUUUAACAGCCAAGUUUUGAAGAUAAUCCUUACUUCUUUUUGUUGCAUUUUCAAAUUAGUUGGUAUCUAAAAAUAAAUGCUUGGCCUGUUUUUAGAUUCACUACAAAUUCACAAAGGUGUAAAUCUUGGUCUCACAGAAAGUUUACCAGUGUUCCAUGUUGUGAGAUAUUGUCCUUUUUUACAACCUCCUAAGGAUAUUAACUUGAUCUUUUUGAACCAUUUCUGUUUUUUCUUUUAAAUGAAUCAAUGAGUUCCUUUGUUUUAUAUGUCAUAUUUUGACAUGAUAGCCUCAAGAUGGGAGUUAGUCUUAAUCUGAAUUUAUACAAUGACCCUAAAUAUCCUUAGUGUGAAACUGCCAUUUGGUUUACUUCUUUGGGAGUCCUCACUUCUCUUUGUUACCGUUGGCCUUAAAAUAUCACUGGGAGAUGGUUAUCCCACGUAGUUAUCUAUUACAUGUGUAUAUUUCAACUACUUGGAUCAAGGGUACAUUUAUGUUAUCAGUAACAGCCUUAACAGUUUUAUAGAUAAAAGUUCUCUCAAGAAAACCGUGGAGCAGUAGGCAUCUGAGAGUCAUGCAGAUGGAUGCACUGGUUUGAAAGUGAAUAUACUUGUUUUUCCUUCCACAUAUACACUACUGACUUUUUUUUUAAAGUAUAACUUUCAAGCGAAUUAAUUUAUUGGUUAGGAGACUUGUUUGCUGAGUCCUUCCUUAUUACCUCUUGAAGUCUUUAAAGGUCAUGCUGAAAGCUAGAGAAACAAACAAAAAAGACUGAAUCACAGUUAUGUCUUUUGCAGAAGUGACUGUAUUUUGAGCACCUUGGGUGACAGUGUACUUUGCACAGAAUCUUAUGGGAAAACAUAAUAGGCCUUUGGAUGUUCCAUCUGGAUAAUUGGUUGGGUUGGGAGGGAUUUGACUUAAAUGAUGAUUGUGAAGAUAGACCUCACUUACUCCUACUAGUUAACAGUCUUCAGAACAUGCUCAGAAGCUCAUUUGUAUCACACCUGGAGGCAAUGCAAUGUGGUUCUUGGUUCUAGGUUUGAACUGUCUUAUUUCAAAAUAUUUCUGAAUUAUUUUUUCCCUAGCAUUUCUCCUUCAUUCCAAAUUUCCAUUUACUGACUAAUGUAAUAUAAAGAAAAUUAUGUUAAAGUAAAAAAAUACUUUGGGGAACUAAAACAGGUUGUUUCAAAUGAAUGUAUGCUUUUAACAGAAUAGGAGUGAACUACAUUAAACUACUGUUGUUUUAAUAAUUUCAAACACUACCAUAUAGCACUUUUUAAUUGCUCUGGAUGCAAAAAAAACAAAACAAAACAAACAAAAAAACCCCAAUAUAUACCUGUGGUUAUCACAUAAACCACAAGAAUCCUCCAAAAAUUUUAAGUAGUCUUGGAUUUUUUUUUUUUUUUGAUCCCUUCCCUGGAGAAAUUUUUUACUUACUUGUUUUCCCUUGUGAAUAGUAUUACCACUGCUAUAAAUCUGGAACUAAACUGUUGAUACUUAUAUCUUGAAAACUGAAUUCUUCUUUUGACAUUCUCCAUGUGCAGAGAGUGAUAUAUGACUUUACUCUUUUAGGAUAUUUGGGGUCAAUGUUAUUUUGAACACAAGCAUGGGCCUCAAGUUUCUAUUUCUUUGUAGGUGUGUUGCAAUGUAAUAGUAAUGAAUCUUCAGUGGUACCCCUCAACAUUUUGAGAACUUUGCAAACAUAAGCAUUAGAUGUGUUAAGAGUUCAUUGCUUAGUACCAUGAAAUAUAGUCUUCUCUCUGUGCCAAAUUGGUGAACAGACAUGGAGUUGUGUUCUACUAAUGCUAAAUGUUGGCUACCUGUGUUUUUAAAAUAAGCACAAGUUAGAAAAAGGCACGACAAAUGGCCUCUUGUAUUGAAUUCUUGACGAACUUAAUUUAUCCUACUUUUCUGACAAAUAUUUGACUCCAGAUUUCAUAGAGUUUUGUUUUUUGUUUUUUUACUUAUUGUAAAGUGGAUUAGAUGGUAGUGAUGCACUGGUAGAGAUGGUGUUUAGUUACUGACUCAGAAUUCAUUUCAUGAUGAAUUUUUUGUGUCUUUUUAUUGUAUGUAUAUCUGUAUUUACUUUAUAUAAAAAUGGAUUUAGUGAGCUUUGUGUUAAAUCUGCCUAACAACAGUGACUUCUUUUUCAAUUAUCAAGGGAUAGAAAAUGUGUGCUGGUAUGUUCAUAUUAGCAUAUUAUUAGGUACUGUAUAUGAAUGUGUUUAAAUGCUUCUGACAUUCUAUACGGCAAGCAUCAAUAAUUUGCACCCACACGAUCAGGUUAGACAACUGGAAAAAAUGGUAGUCAAAAUCCUCUGGAGGGUUGUGCUGGCAGCCAUCUCUUUGAUCUAUGUUUCAAUUGUAAUUUAUAGACCAGCUCCAACCCCUAACAUGAAUCUGGAAUGCAUUUGUCAUGACCUUCAACCAUUCCCCUAACUGAGGGACAGGAGGAACAGUGUUUGGCCUGGUCAUCUCAAAUACAGGAACAGAGAAAUCUGUCUGAGGAAGAAUGAGCUUCAGUAUCCUAAAUAGUCCUCAUCUGUGGUAGGAUUUCUUCACUCUGACAGUAUGAUGAUAAAACUUGGUAAAAGGGUCUGUUUGUAUUUUGUACAAAUUUUACACGAUGUCUUAUAUUGAAUAAAUUUCUAAAUAGCAAAAUUCCUUUUCUGUGUCUACAUUCCAACCACAUUAGGUGUACUGAUUUAUUUAGAUAUUUAACUAUGAAAAUAUAAAUGGUGCAAAGGGACUUUCAUGUGUGGAUUGUGUUAUGUUUCUUAAGGUUCUCUGGCACUGAUACUUACACCAUCAUGUGAUAUGUGAAAUAAAAUGGAUUUUUCUACAGUUUAAUGAUUUCCCUCUGGGGAGAGUUCUGGCGCAGCAAUCACACUGCCAGAUGGUGUUUAUGGGCUAUUUGUGUGAGUGGUAAGAUACUAUGAUAUAAGAGUGCUUUCAUCUGAUGGAAAGUCUUGACAUGUGUGUUUUUGUAUGGAAUAAUUUUUGGUGCAAUAUGAUGUCACGCAGUUUUGCAGUGAAUUUGAUUUCAUUUGUAUUUAUGUAUCUGCAUACCUGUCAUGCUUUUAGUUGCUUCAACCUUUGUAUAUAUAUUUUUGUCCAUAUUUUUUACUUGAAAAUAUUUUCAAUGGAAAUGAAAUAAACGCUUGAUAGUUUACAUAA